AUGGAUAACAGUGUCGAUAGACGCGAUAAUGCUCAUUCACCCGAUACCUCCCCGAGACGCCAGUCGUUGUCUGCUGGUUCUGCGCCUGCGCCAGAAAAACACUCGUCUCGUGGACACAUCGCCCCAGCGUCCCCCGAAGUUAUCUCCUCCCUCAUCUCCUCGCUCUCUACCAUCUCCACGCCCGCUCGAACCCAUUUCGAGAGCUUGCCGAGGAUAGGCUCGCAGACGGAGCCUCCUUCGCCGUCGUCUAUGCAGAAUGGCCGCUUCGAUGGCCCGGAUAUGGAUUACAGCUCGUUCAAGGCGGCCGCCGCAGCUGAUCACGAGGUGCCCUUCCUACACCCUUACGAUGCGGCAAUGUCGCCAGUGAUCAGGAUGUCGAAGCCGGCGCCCUCGAUACGGUCACCUCGCUCGUCGGUCUCGUACCAUUCAUGCCGCAACGCUGACGAUUCUGUAUCUCUACGGCCCCCUUCACGCGCCUCUCACGGCUCGGCCGCAACCGGCCACGACGACUUGGCAAAUUUUGGAAUCGUUCGCCUGGAACCUGGACCGGGAAAGUCUACCACCAGCCUUGUGUCGUCAGGAAGCAGGAGGAGUUUGAAGAACCAGCUUAGUCUCUUCCGGCGAUCGUCGCGGGAUUCUGCCAGUACAAGGGGCAAGGAAACCGUCGUCGAGCGUUUGGGCGUGGAGGAUGGCCCUUUGGCCAACAACUCCCAGAAUACAGCCACUACCACUAGCUUGCGGUCCGUUCGUUCAAUGGCAGACCUCGCGGAGGAAUCAAAUGGAGCCAACAGCAACGCGCUUCAGAAACGAACAGGCGGUUUUUGCGAUUCAAGACGGGAGUCUGCGCCUAAUUUAAAGCAGACACAGACGCUAACCCCCGAGUCUUCGCCCUUGGCUCCCGGCGGCAUUGGGAGUGGCAGAAGUAUUCCUGCUCGAGAAUCUUCACUGCGACACAGCUACAAUGGAUCGUCGACAAAGAAGCGUCGCUCUGCGAGGUAUAGCGGUUAUUCGUGCAAGGAUGUCUCGGUUGAUAAAAAAAUCACAGAAGUCAAUGCAGAAGCAGACCAGGUAACCCAGCGGAUCAAAGAGAUUAAGGAUCAGCAGAAAAAGAUCAAGGAUCGAAUGAUUAUUGAUGAGAAGCUUACACCACCCCCAGAUAGCACAAAACCCAGCGGGCGAGCAUCCGCCCAGUCGGUCCACUUGUCGAAGGUGGAUGAACUUCUGGGCGAUCUUAGUGACAGCGCACCCUCGCCCACGGUCAGUACUCGGAGAGUGCCAUCUGUGAGCAAGCGAGGUACACCUCUCGCUCCCAAAGCUGGGAAUCUGCAGGCAGUCCCCACAACGCAUCGCUCUAGGAAUGACGAAGGGUACAAGCACGGCAGGGCAUCUGAUAUGAAGGGUCAUAGAAGGACAUACUCCGACUCACCUACUACUGUGCAUCGUGUCUCAUCGGAUCCCAACACUCGGCCAACAAGUCCUGACGUGAUAGAAGAGGCAGUUGAGGCGUAUAUAACGUCGCCAAAACUCACACAGAAAGUGCGCCACCCGCAGACAGGGCGUGUUAUCGCCUUUUCUGAAGUUGGAGACCCCAGCGGCCAUGUUGUAUUCUGCUGCGUUGGUAUGGGACUAACGCGAUAUCUCACGGCAUUUUACGAUGAACUAGCACGGACGCUGAAGCUGCGGCUUAUAACGCCUGAUCGACCUGGAGUCGGAGAGAGUGAACCCUGCCUGGAUGGUACGGGCACUCCUUUGAACUGGCCUGAUGACCUUGCUGUGAUAUGCAAACAUCUCAAAAUCUCCAAAUUCUCCAUGCUUGCACACUCCGCCGGCGCCAUAUAUGCGUUGGCUACUGCACUACGCAUGCCUCACCAUAUACGGGGCCGCAUUCAUCUUCUUGCACCAUGGAUACCCCCUUCUCAGAUGAGCGGCAUGGGCACCCACAAGGAACCUCUUCCAGCCACCGCACUCCCUUACUCUCAGCGGCUUCUACGGGCUCUACCGACGCCCAUCCUGAAGGUUGCCAACUCCAGGUUCAUGACCGCGACCAGCGCGAGUAUCACAAGCAGCCUGCCGAAAAGCUCGCGCAAACCAAAGCGCCGAAGCACGAUGGGAAGGGAGGCAACGCCUACUCCAGCGGACCUUGGAGGUGCCAGUACCGCAAACGGUCAACACAAAACCUCCAGCUCAACUCCAGGAAAACAUCCUCCCCUUCCAACCCAAGAAGGGGCGGCGGCUGCACUGGCUUCUAGCCCGUCUAGAGUUGUCACUAGUCCAACCCCUGACUCGGACUAUAUAUCAGAGAAGGAACGGCGGUCUGAGUACGAUAAGCGCCUGACCCAUGCGAUCUGGGAGCUUGCCACCAGCUGCGCCAACCCUGCCGUGGACUUGCUAAUCUGCCUGGAACGCAGACGGGCCAUUGGUUUUCGGUACGUCGACAUCAACCGUGCCGUCGUCAUCCAUCACGGCUCCCGAGACACACGAGUGCCUGUCGACAACGUCCGAUGGCUAGGCAAGACCAUGCGGCGAUGUGAAGUCAGGGUGCUUGAGGGCGAAGGCCACGGGCUGAUGGCAUCUGCCACGGUGAUGGGUAAUGUGCUAAUGGAGGUUGCAAAGGAGUGGGAAGACUGGACCAUUGUCGUGCAAGGGCGGAGAGACGGGGCGAAGCCAGCUGUCGCUGUACAGUAG